AUGUAGAAGUUCUUUGUGAAAUUAUUUAUAGCGCUUGGCAUAAUUAAAACAAUUUUCAUGUAGAAUCUAGUAUAAAUUGGGAUCUCAUAUCUAAUAAUUUAUAUCAAAGAAACAAAUUCAAUCAUUUAUAAUUCUUCUGAUACUAAUUUAAUUAUGUACAGCACCUUGUCUCCUCAAGGUUACAUUAUAGCAUCGUAUGAAUUAAAAAUAAAUAUAAAACUUAAUAACCCAUCAAGAUACGCUUUUAAGAAUAACAUGAUCUAUUUAACGAAACCAGAUAAUAGCUUAACUUAUUUUGUAAUUAACAUAAAUGAAAUGAUUUAAGGUGGAUAAAACUACGCUUAAGAGCUACCAAGACCUGCUUUAUAUUACCCCUGUACAAGUUAUGUGAUAAUAAAUAUGGAGGAAAAUCUUUAUUUAACUUGCUUUGAUAAUGGGAAGAUUUUUGUAAUAAAAUCUUCUACCUUCGAAGGACUAUUUUAGCAAAUAGGUAAUGUUGUUUACAAACCAAAUCCAUCUAGCUCUCUUUUAAGAGUGUAUGGUUAAUAUUUCAUAAUUAUGGAAAAUAUAAUUUUCAUUGAUGAUAAUCAGUAUCAGUAUAGUUUUCAAGCAGAUAUCUCUUCUUUUCAAUUGAUAAAUGAAAAGUAUAAUAUUUAUCUGAUAAAUAAAAAUAUGUGCAAAGUUUAGUUAUCAGAAGGCUAAUUUAGUAUAAUUAGCUCUAUUCAAAAUGUUUAUGAAAACUUUUCUGACGUUAUUGAAUUUUAUGAGAUACCAGCUAUUAUCAUCUAAAUAAUUAAUUCAGAUUAAUUUCAAAUUUAUAAUGUUUAGAAUUUCAGUUAAAUUCCAAUUGUUGGCAAUUCCUUUCCAUCCUUAGAUAAAAAUCAAACAUAUUUUUAAUAUUUAAAUUUUAUUUAUGUUAAGAACUCCUAUUUUGAACUAAAGUAUAAUGCUCUAUAAUAAAAUAUAUAAAUAGAAGCUACCUUAGGGAGUUAAACAUAUAUCAGCUUCUAAUCCUACAAUGAUUUUAGAUUUUAUAAUGGAUUUAGCUAUUUAGUUAUAGACUUAUCAACUAAUACUAUUAAUAAAAGGUUUCUAUAUCCUAUUUAAAAAAUAUACAACAAGAUACCAGGUUGCUCUCAGUCAGGUUAAUUGUUAAGCUGCCCUUCUUGUUAGUCUUAUUACUAUUUAUAAAACGGGUAGUGUGUACCUUCUUGUUCAGAUCAUUAUUUUGUUCAAGGUUAAAACUGUUAAAAAUGCGAUUAAACUUGCCUAACUUGUAAGGAUGCAUCUCCAUCUAGUUGUUUAACAUGUAUUCAUGGUAGAUAUUUAUUGCAGUAAGAUAACACAUGUAUCACUUGUGAUUAAAAUAGUGGAUAUUUAAUAAAUGGUAGAAAUUGCACUUGCUAAGAUGGAUAUAGUUAUUAUAAUUCUAAUUGCUAAAAAUUAUACUUGGUCUAUAAAUCAGGAUUCACUACUGCUUUGAUACAAUAAAUUUAAUAAUAAGUUAGUAUUUCAAGUAAAUCUUUAUAAGCUACAACUACAUUUUUAAGCUUUCUUUAAAAUAUCAUGUCUUAAUCUAGCUUUGGGAUAGCUAUAAACGGCUUAACUUGUAUGAAACUGAGCUAUUUGAUUUUAUUAAAUACUAUUCUGCCAAAUUAAAUUUAUACUCCUUUGAAUGAAAUAAAAAACUAAUGUCCUCUAAAAUAGUAUAGACUUUUAAAUGUGUUUGAGCUUGUAAUUAAUUAAAAUUAAACUCAGUUUUAAAAUUAAAGAUACUCUCAAUAAGAUAUCUCCUUCAACAUAAUCUAUACUUCAGGAUAAGCUAUUACUUUAUCAUUUAUUUGCCUUUUUACUUUAGCAUUAUUUUAUUUUUUAAUAGAAAAAUGCUAAAUUUAAAAGGUUUAAUCUGCUUCUAAAAUAAUUUAUGAUAAAUUAAUUUCAAGUUUUGCUAUUCAAUUUUUGUAAUUGGGUGGCUUAAUUUUGGUGAUAGGAAUAAAUUAAUAAAUAAAGUAAUUUUUCUUAUAAUUUGACAGUGAUAGCAUUGGGUUGCAAAUCACUUACGUAAUUCUUUUUAUUAGCUUAGUCUUCUUAGUGUUUUAAUAAUAAUAUAUAUGCAUUAAUCGAAAAAAUUGCCAUUAGAAUCUGAGCAAUUUCAACGAAAUAACUAGAAAAAAAAUAUAAAAUGAGACUAUCUCUGAAUCAAGGCCCUGUAAAAAUUUUAUGAUAAUAUACUUAAUCUAUGAAUCCUUUUUUGUGCCUGUCUGCUUUAUAACUUUCAGCGAAUCUUGGAUGUCUGCAAGUAUAGUUUCGAUAAUAAUUUAGUCAGCUUAUUUAUGUAUAUUUAUUUACUUGAAGCCCUUUCAUUCUAAGUUGACUAAUUUUUAUUUUAUUAUUGAUUCACUAUUGUGGCUUUCUUUAUUCGUGUAGUAUCUGAUACUAAAUAUUGUAAUUUCUAAUUGUGAUAUCAAUGAGAAAGCUUAAUUUUUAGAUAACCUAAGUUAUUCCUUUAUAAUAACAUUUUAAUUAAUACUCUUUGAGCUUACAAUUUACAUGAUAUUAAAUCUAAUUUCAGAGUUUUACUAAUUCAUUAUUAGAAAGAAAAAUAAAGACUAAGAUUAACUUAUGAACUAAGAUAAGCUACUAGGUAGAAUCAGUAAAAUAGAAAUAUCAGAAUAUGUAUUAGAUUAGAAUUUGAACAAAAUUUAAUAACUAAGUUUGCAAGAUUUAAAUUACAUAAGAAAAUAACAAAUUGUAAAAAAAUAAAAAAAUAAAGUUCAUCAUAAUAAACAUUAGUAUGAAUGA